CACUUCAAGUAAGUGAUGCCACCACUCCCUCAACGACAUCAACAGUCAUUUCAAGUGAUAUUACAUCAACAUUCAUUACAAGUAAUGCCAAAACCCCCUCAACUACAUCAACACCCACUUCAAAUGAUGCCACCACUCCAACAGUCACUCAAAGUAAUGUCAUCACUCAGUCAACUACAUUGACAGUUACUUCAAGUGAUACCACCACUACUACAUUGACUUCAAGUAAUAUUACAUUAACACCCAUUUCAAGUGAUUCCACCACUCCCUCAACUACAUCAACAUCCACUUCAAGUGAUGCCACCACUCCUUCAAAUACGUCUACAGUCWCUUCAAGUGAUGCCACCACUCCUUCAACUACGUCUACAGUCACUUCAAGUGAUGCCACCACUCCCAAUGCUACAUCGACAGUCACAAGUGAUGUCACUACUCUAAGACCAAUAAUGCCAUCAACAAGUGGUACUACUACAGUAAUAACAAAAACCUCAACAUUUGUAGCAGUAUCCACUCCCUCCACUCCCUCACAGGGACUAACUUUCAGAGACACUACUUUGGUGACAACAAUCAAAACCCCUGUUGCAGAAUGCGGAAAUAUCACUCCAGGUGCAGAUCCAUGCAAAGGCUUGUGUUCACCACGUGCUCAGUGUGUGGUUGGUCCUGGAGGCAGCCAGCAGUGUAGCUGCUAUCCUGGUUUGAUAGAUCAGAAUCCUGUUAAUCCUGGGAAGCUGUGCAUAGAUCCAGUGGACUGUUUUGAUCAAGAAAAGGAACUUUGUUCAUCCCAAAAUCAGUGUCUUCCGUCCAAGUUUCUCUGCUCACUGAGGAAUGUUUUCCAAUUAACAGCAAAGUUAAACUCUUGGAUCUUCAAUUCCUCUCUGUACGACCCAGGGAGCGAUGCUUGGGCGUAUGCCUCUACAAAGAUCGUAACAACUGUUGUCCCCAGAAUACGGCGUGUUCUGUCAGAGCCAUCCUUUGACAUGACAGUGGUGGGCUUUCAGAAGGGUAGUGUGGUAGUUAGGAUGAUGUGUGGUUUUAAUGGGAAUAUUUACGCUGAUGAAAGAGCUCUCCAGACUGCUCUACAGGACACUAUCUGCAAACACCUGGGCACAACCGCCAUAACUACCUUGAAAAGAGUUUCCCAGAUAUCAACGGCCCCGGGAGAAGGCUGGAAAGUGGCGACCAUAGUCCUGGGAGUUCUGUUGGGCUUGAUUUUGUUAGUCGGGGUUGUCGUUCUGAUCAGCACCGCAGUGAGGAGAGCAACUAGCAAGCUGACCUCAUACAACCUCCAGCACACAGAGCACAACAGACAGGUGGUGUCCAAUGACUAUUUACAAGGAUGUUAUUCUUACCAGAUGUAGUUCAGAGAUAAAAAAAUAUCAAGAUAUUGAAUAUUAAUAACAUUUGAAUUAUACACUGCUCAAAAAAAUAAAGGGAACACUUAAACAA